AAUAACAGACCCAAAUAUGGCGGCUCCCAGACCAAAGGUUGACAGUGGAAGAUCUUCCUCUAGGAGUUCUUCCAGAUUGGACAGUGGAAGGACGUCCUCCAGAGCAGGAAACAAGGCCACCUGGAUUCAGAAGAGCUCUCCUGAUCAAGUCAAGAAGAUUGAACUGCUGAGGGAACUUGACCAGCUGGAGAAAAAAAUUGCAGCUCUGGAGAGAGAAAAACAAGCACAUGUCUACAGCAAGAGGAGUGAGUUUAGGCAAGACUACACGGCUCUGGAAGAAUUGGAGUCAAAGACGGUCAGUGACAGGAAAAAUGAAAAGGUGAAAGUCAGAGGGCAGCUGGAAAAGAUGAGGAGUACAGUGGACAAAUUUCAGCACCAGCUACAAAACGUAAAACCCACUCCGGAGUUUGUAGAGAAGCUGAAGGAGACAAUGGAAGAUAUUGAGUCCGUCAUCGACUCCUUCAAGGACCAGCAGAGAACCAUCUAUGAGGAAUUGAUGAUAGAGGAGAAGACAUUGUGGCAAGAAAUAUCAGCUCUUGAGAAUAGGUAUGAAUCAUGGGCCCAAGCUCUCCCGAUAACCAUCCCUGUAAACACCAAGACAUCCACUAAACCCCAGCCAGUGUCAUCGGCACGCAAUGCUAUGGCCUCCAUGCCCCCAGAAGUGGCAGCUUUUGAGCGUUUUUUGCAGCAAACCGGAGGCCAUAGAGGAGGAUGGGAUGAAUAUGAUCACGGUACAUUCAUGAGGAUCAGGAAUAAAUACAAGGGAAGACCACUAUUCAUGGAUGAAGCGGCAGUGUCUCUACCGGGCAGGGAUAUGAUAGAUGUCAAAUGCCAUGAGAACUGGUAUCAGGAAUACACCACCCUCCUUCAGCGCAAGAAGGACGGUAUACAGAAGUGGAGACUUGUUAAAGAAGCUCAGAAAGAUGAACUGAUGUCCAAUGUGGGCAGAGAUGAGGAGGAGCAGGAAGAGACGGCACAGAGGAAGGCAGAACUCAAAGCAAAGAAAAUGGAGGAAGAGAGAAGAGAGAAAUAUGAAAAGCUCAAUGCUUGGAAAGUGCAAAGGGAAUUAGAGAAGGCUGAAGAGGAAGAAAGGAAACUGGAAGAAGAAUACAAGAAAGCAAGGAAACAUGAUAUGGAAAGACAAAGAAAGAUGGAAGAGAAGUCCAGAGUACAGAUGCACAUCCAGCAGAGAAAGGAAGAAGACCUGCUUCGGCAGAUGGAACAGGAGAGGAGGAGGGAUGCGGAGAAUGAGGAGAAGAGGAGAGGCGCUGCCCAGGAGAGGGUGCGGUUCUUAGAGAGAGACAGAAGACUGAUGGAGGAGAGACUGGCCAGGGAGAAAGCAAAGGAGGAGGAGGAGAAGAGGAAGAAACAGAGAUUGCAGAGACUGAAGAGUCAGGUUGAAGUGCAAGCCAAGCGGGAUCCUACCAGGCUUUAUCAACUCACAGCUGGAUGGAAGGAGAGGAAGAAGGAUACAGCGUCUGCAGGAAAUGGACCGGUCCUCCAUAUACCACACAGAGCUGUACCAUCCUGGAGAGGAGGACCAUCUUGAGUAGUGACCAUCACCGUUUAUUGGUAGCAGGAACCAACUUGCUCUCUCAUCCUGUAGCAUAGGACGACUAUCUGCAUCUACCCAGAGGCACCUCAUAGAUCCAUCACUAUGUAUUCCUUGGAGAAUGUGGAGAUCUGAUUGUGGUGUGCAGGUGGUCAGCUCAGGAAACAUUGUGCAAACCUUUACUUUGACUGCUAUGAAAGCAAAUAUGUGCUUGUGGGUCAUUAACCAGGGGACUUACAGCUUUUGAAAGCAUAAAAGUCCUUUCAAGCAACUUCUUAAUGGAAUAUUUAUGUCUUUCCAAUGGGCACACACACAUUGACAUGGUUUCAAAGAUGCGACCUCCCGGUAACAAGAUAACUGCUUUACCACUCACGCUUCCUUGACUCUUCUUGUCAUGAAGAAGGAGGUUUCAGCUCUAUGUAUGUUUGGCUAGGAGGGAUUAGACCACCCAGGACGGUCACUGACAGGUGGCUAUCUCAUCAAAUCAGCUCUCAAUUAACAUAAGAAAAGAGGAUCAUGGGGA